AUGUUGAAUCAAGAUACAACAAUGGCUGCCACUAAGGAUGUCCAGUUUACUUUGAAAGUCAUGAUAAAUAAAGAUAAAACUAAGGUCCUCUUUGCAGAAGCCGACAGCGAUUUUACCAACGUCUUGUUAAGCUUCCUGGCAUUGCCAUUGGGAAAGAUCGCGAAAAUCCUCGUGGAACACUAUGGGGAUGACACACUGGCAAUCUGUAGCUUCACCUCUUUGUACAAUAGCCUUGCUGAUCUUGAUGUUGUCCAUUUUCAUACAGAGUCAGGUAAACAAAUGCUGCUAAACCCGAGAAGCGUGUUUGACAAAGAAUGCCGUCAGCUGAAGCUGAAUCUAAGUGAUUCCGAGCUCACCAAGUACUUCACAUGCGGAAAGUCGUCCAGUGGGGAGCACAACUUCAGCAUGAACUAUGAUACUGUUAUAUGUGACUGUGGGAAAACUAUGACCAGAGAAACAGAAUUAAGAUCAUCUGAGACUAUUGAAGAUGGGGCCGAGAUGAGGAGCGUGACGUUCGGAUAUAAUGAGAUUAUAGAUUUUCUGAAAGGCAUGCUCGUAUCAAAGACUCCUUUGACCGAUAUCAUACUCGGAAGAACUCAAAAUAACUCUGAAGAAGUUCAGAAGAUCAAAUCUUCUGGAGUUUUUUUACCAAAGACUGACGAAGCAGCUGCUUCUAACUCUGAGAAGAUGAUGACACUAAAAGUUGUAAUACAAAGAUCUACACGAGUGUUUCUUUUUGCGCAAGCCAACGGUGAUUUUGCCGAUUUUCUCUUUAGUUUGCUCACGAUCCCACUCGGUGUAGCUUUGUCGCUUUUGGGGAGCAGCACCGGCAAUGGGAAUUAUGUAAAGGGGCCUAAAAUGUUUAUGAUGACCGAUGAUUUAACUGUCACUCCAUUGUGUUUGACCUCAAGCCUUUCUACUUUGGACCGGCUGGGAAUCCCGUUGUCUGAUGUGGAAGAAUUGGAGCUUAAAGUUGGAUUGGAAGAGGCUCUGAGCAUUUUGGAGGCAUCUCUUACCUCGACUUCGGCCUUGACCAAUGGUCUUCUCAGACCAUCAUUGAGAAAGUGUGUGAACACUGAGGCCAAUGUCUGGAGGUUCCUGCAUUAG